ACCGGUCUGUACUGGUUUGUACUGGUUUGUACUGGUUCAUACUGGUUUAUACUGGUGGCAGAUCAUGGAUGUCCCUGUGGAGGCCAAUGACGAUGAAGGUGACGAUGAUGAUGAUGAGGAGUCGGUGGCUCAGGCUCAGGAGCGCCUCCUGCAGGCGCUGAUGUCCCGCGCUGGGCGGGCGCUGCCCCGGCGGGCGCUGGAGCGGGACUGGUCCAUACUGGGAGAGCUGGGCAGCGGCUCCUACGGGCGCGUGCUGCUGGCACGGCCCCGGCGCGGAGGUGCGCAGGUGGCGCUGAAGCUGCUCUCCAAGGCGCGCACGCCCAGGUGCAGCUUCCUGCGGGAGUUCUGCACUCACCUGUGCCUGCGGGGGGCGCUCACCUGCAUCCAGGUGCUGCCGCUCGCCUUCGAGACCCCCACGGAGUUCGGCUUCGCCCAGGAGCUCGCACCUGCCGGGGACCUGUGCGGGCUGCUCACACCUGGGGUGGGCCUCCCGGAGCCGCAGGUGAAGCGCUGCGCCGCCCAGGUGUGCUCGGCGCUCUCUUACCUGCACGGCCACGCCCUGGUGCACGCCGACCUGAAGCUGGACAACGUCCUGGCCUUCGACCGCCACUGUCACCUGGUCAAGCUCGGCGACUUCGGCCUGACGCGCGCGCUGGGCUGGCAGGUGCGCCCCGCCCGCGGCCCCGCCCCCUACGCCGCGCCCGAGCUGCUGCCCCGCCCUCACCUGCGCGCAGGUGAGCCGCGCCUGGAGCCCGCCGUGGACACCUGGGCGCUGGGCGUGCUGCUCUUCGCGCUGCUCACCGGGAGCUUCCCCUGGGCCUCACCUGCGCGCUCCGACCCCGCCUUCCGCCGCUUCCGCGCCUGGCACGGCCGCACCUGCGCAGGGGAGGCGCCGCCGAGGCCGCCGCGCACCUGGCGGGGCCUGGGGGGGGCGGGGCUGGCGCUGCUGCGGGGGCUGCUCCACCCCCAGCCCGAGCGGAGGUGCCCACCUGGGGAGGUGCUCAGGUACCUGGGCGGGGCCUGGCGGGGGCGGGGGGGACAGGGGAGCUCUGCUGAGGGGAGCGGCCAGGUGAGCCCAACAGGUGAGAGUGGGAGCAGCCAGGUGAGCUCUGCUGAGGGGAGUGGGAGCAGCCAGGUGAGCCCAACAGGUGAGAGUGGGAGUGGCCAGGGGAGCUCUGCUGAGGGGAGCGGCCAGGUGAGCCCAACAGGUGAGAGUGGGAGUGGCCAGGUGAGCUCUGCUGAGGGGAGUGGCCAGGUGAGCUCUGCAGGUGAGAGUGGGAGCAGCCAGGUGAGCCCAACAGGUGAGAGUGGGAGCAGCCAGGUGAGCUCAACAGGUGAGGAGGGGAGUGGCCAGGUGAGCUCUGCUGAGGGGAGUGGCCAGGUGAGCCCAGCAGGUGAGAGUGGGAGCAGCCAGGUGAGCCCAACAGGUGAGGAGGGGAGUGGCCAGGUGAGCUCUGCAGGUGAGAGCAGCCAGGGGAGCUCUGCAGGUGAGGAGGGGAGUGGCCAGGUGAGCUCUGCAGGUGAGGAGGAACAGGUGAGCUCUGCUGGUGGGAGUGGACAGGUGAGUCCCACAGGUGGGAGCAGCCAGGUGAGCCCAACAGGUGAGGGGGGGAGUGGCCAGGGAUGUUCCUCAGGUGAGAGUGGGAGUGGCCAGGUGAGCCCCACAGGUGAGAGUGGGAGUGGCCAGGUGAGCUCUGCAGGUGAGAGUGGCCAGGUGAGCCCCACAGGUGAGGGGGGGAGCAGCCAGGUGAGCUCUGCAGGUGAGAGUGGCCAGGUGAGCCCCACAGGUGACUCCGGGUCCCCCAACAGUGAGGUGGGGACACCUGGACAGGUGAGGGGAACACCUGGAGAUGGGAUAGAGACACCUGGACAGGUGAGAGGAACACCUGGGUGUGGGAUAGAGACACCUGGACAGGUGAGGGGAACACCUGGGCAUGGGAGAGGGACACCUGGACAGGUGAGGGGAACACCUGGGCAUGGGAGAGGGACACCUGGACAGGUGAGGGGAACACCUGGGCAUGGGAGAGGGACACCUGGACAGGUGAGGGGAACACCUGGGCAUGGGAGAGGGACACCUGGACAGGUGAGGGGAACAUUUGGAGUUGGGCUGGGAACACCUGGAGUGCGAUGGAAACACCUGGAGAUGGGAUAGAAACACCUGGGAUGGACAGGGAACACCUGGACAGGUGAUGGACACACCUGGGAUGGACAGGGAACACCUGGACAGGUGAUGGACACACCUGGGAUGGGCAGGGAACACCUGGACAGGUGAUGGACACACCUGGGAUGGGCAGGGAACACCUGGACAGGUGAUGGACACACCUGGGAUGGGCAGGGAGCCACACCUGGAGUUGCACCUGGGGAUCCCUGUGCUCACCUGUGCACACCUGUGCACACCUGGGCUCACCUGGGCUCACCUGGGCUCACCUGGGCUCACCUGUGCUCACCUGGGCUCACCUGGGCUCACCUGGGGUUACCUGGGCUCACCUGGGCUCACCUGGGCUCACCUGGGCUCACCUGGGGAUGUGGAAUUCAAUAAAAUUCCCGGAUUUUGGA